AUGUCGAUGUUUCGUCGUGACCGCUCCCGAUCGUCCGGGGCCCAAGCCGACAUCGAUCCGCAUGAUUGGAGCCUUCCGUCUUCCUACACAACUCCUCAGUCAAAGGGUACCUGCCAAACGAUCAUACCCGACCCGCAUGUAUUCUCGAAUGCGGGAAUCCCAAGACUCAGCGAUGCCUAUGUUCGAGGAUCGACCCUGCAAUAUCCGGAUGUCAGCCAUGCCGCUGCCCAUUUGGCUUUGCUGGAAUGCUUCCGUGGCCUAAGGCUCAACGCCACCGCGUUCGAUGUGCCUGUUGAGCUGCCUCCGCAAUAUGUCGAAAAACCCAGCCUUGCCAGAAAUGUCAGGCGUGGUUUUGUUACACAGAGCGAACGAUGGGAUUUACUCCUCAGGCUCGCCGUUACUCGCUUCGGCGUCUGGUGGUCUCAAAUUCACCUCGUCUUGACCCACGCAGCGGCUUACGCGAACCACGGCGGCAGCACAAAACAAGUUCAACUCACAGAGUCCUACUUGCCGCCUCUGGAUGUUCUGCUCGUGUGGUAUGCAUUUAUGCUGGACUCGAGCUCUUAUGCCGCCGCCUGUCGCGCAAGGGAAAAUGAUGUCCCUGGCCUCGCGAACUUGUGCUUUCCAUGGAAGGCCGUCUGCGCCGUUAUUGACAUGGGUACAAUGCGACCCUCCAGCCUACACCGAAGAACCAUCGCCCUUGCUCCCGGUAGACAUGGUCGCUGA